CCCUGCGCAUCAUCCCUGCAUCCAUCCUGCACAUCACCCCUGCAUCCAUCCUGCCCAUCACCCCUGCACCAGCCCUGCACAUCAUCCCUGCAUCCAUCCUGCACAUCACCCCUGCAUCCAUCCUGCCCAUCACCCCUGCACCAGCCCUGCACAUCAUCCCUGCAUCCAUCCUGCACAUCACCCCUGCAUCCAUCCUGCCCAUCACCCCUGCACCAGCCCUGCACAUCAUCCCUGCAUCCAUCCUGCACAUCACCCCUGCAUCCAUCCUGCCCAUCACCCCUGCACCAGCCCUGCACAUCAUCCCUGCAUCCAUCCUGCACAUCACCCCUGCAUCCAUCCUGCCCAUCACCCCUGCACCAGCCCUGCACAUCAUCCCUGCAUCCAUCCUGCACAUCACCCCUGCAUCCAUCCUGCCCAUCACCCCUGCACCAGCCCUGCACAUCAUCCCUGCAUCCAUCCUGCACAUCACCCCUGCAUCCAUCCUGCCCAUCACCCCUGCACCAGCCCUGCACAUCAUCCCUGCAUCCAUCCUGCACAUCACCCCUGCAUCCAUCCUGCCCAUCACCCCUGCACCAGCCCUGCACAUCAUCCCUGCAUCCAUCCUGCACAUCACCCCUGCAUCCAUCCUGCCCAUCACCCCUGCACCAGCCCUGCACAUCAUCCCUGCAUCCACCCUGCACAUCACCCCUGCAUCCAUCCUGCCCAUCACCCCUGCACCAGCCCUGCACAUCAUCCCUGCAUCACCCCUGCACAUCAUUCCUGCCUCAGCUCUGCACAUCUGUGUUUUGGUUUGCAGGUCGGCUGAAAAGAAACCGAUUCCUGGCUGCUCUCGUUCUUUGCCUGUUUG